UGGCGGAACUCGCUAUCACACCGACCCGCUACUUGUGAUACCGUAGCAUAGUACCUAAGCGACCCGGGUGCGCUAGCAAAUUAACUUUAUAUCUCAGAUUAUUAAAGUCUACCGUAAACAUCGUUUAUCACACUAUCGAUAUGGCUUACGGCAAAACUGAAAAAUCUGGCCACACGGAGACCGCACUGCGUGCAAUUUCCAAGUCCAAGAAGAGUUCGAGAGCUGAUGCUAAGGUUGCACGCUUAUCAUCAGCUUUCGAUAAAUUGUUUGGUGAUAAGGAGAUUCCGAGAAAGAUCAUGCGAUCUAUCACCACUGGUUCCACUAAGCGUCCAGCGCCCCCUAGUGCUAAACAUCCGCAGAUAUUUCCGACUGCAGAAAUGCAGAAGGAAUUAGAUCUAGCUUACUCGGGGGCGAUGGAUAUCAUCGUAUCUGGCGCGAUGGAUCUCUUAGGAGAUGCAACUCACUGCUCUGAUGACGAAGCUGCUGAGGUGGUGGAAGUACAUGAAGAGAGAAGAGAGCGUCAUGUAUCGAAUGUGAAUGUGGUGAAACAGUCUCAUGAAGAACUCCUUUCUCACAUAAGAGAAGUUCGCGAGAAAAGUGAAAGACUGUACCUUGACGUUAAGUGGUCAAGAACAUUCGCAGGUACUUUUAAAAAAUGAUAAAGUACCUGGAGAAUUAAUAUUCUCCGAACAAAAAAACGGCCCUUUUCAGGGCCACAAUACGAUUCAUAUAUUUACAGUUUCUAUUUAACAGAUGUGUCGUCAAAAACAGAAAACGUAACACCCUGAACCCUUUCCCCAUCCCCUCUUCCCUCGUCCCGAACACUACAUGAUUACAUGAGGUUUUUGGAAGAGAAUAAUAAUACGUUACUCUCCGUCCGAGUAACGCAGGUUCUCUCUCUGACAUGCCCUUAUUCGCAAAUAAAAAAUAAACUAUGGCUGGCUGAAAGACAACCAGUGGAAAUUACACAAAGUAAACAUCACUCACUCUUGCGUCUUUCCAAAAUAAAAUUACAUUAAUGUUACAUUUUCUUCUUCUCUCUGUCAUUUUCAUUAGUGCAGUCCGCAACGACACACAAUACUAGUGUUACACUUAAACCAAUUCAACAGAGCGUCUUCUGUCGUUUGACUUUUCGUUGUCGUACGGGACCUCGUCACGGUAAAGUUCCGCAGCACCUAAGCGAUGCGGUAUUAUUAUUAUUAUUCUUAGUUUCUUUUGAGCAAUGAGUGAUGUAUGUUACGCUACAUGGUAUUAGUGCAAGAAAUAAAUAAGCAAAGUGGUA